AUGGCUGCCGCCAUUCGUCCUAUGCGACUUGCUGCGCUGACGCGGUCACGCUGCUCCAUAUUCCAAACUGCAUAUAACCCCACAUCAGCACGUACUGGAGCCAAAUACCUUCGCGCACGACUUCGCGGGCCUUCCAUGGUCAAAUACUACACUCCAGAAGCCAAUAUUGCACAGAUCAUGAGACAAUGGCCUGAGUUGGAAAUGAGAAACUUUGCAGAGGAGGAAAGACUGCAAGAUGUGGAGGACAAAAAGAAGAGAGGGAAGGGUGCACCGAAAAAAGCCAAGGAGAAAGGCGACAGUCGCAGAGCCAGCAGGAGGCGAUAA